AGUUCUUAUAAAGAUGUCUUUAAAAUCAAUGAACUGAGUAUUAGCUUCGUACAUUCAUUCAUAGGUGGCCGUCAGAUGGCGGCAACUGUAUUACUGAUUGCCUGCCUCGACUGAAUAAUUAAGCCUUUCGCCAUUUUGUCCCCCUUUAGAGUUUCAUUCCUUUGAAGAACGGUUUUUCAAGUGAUUAUCUUCCUUUUUACAAGCUUUUCGUACCGGAAAAAUUCGUGACUUUUGAAAUUUUUCGCGUUUUCCGUGUCGCAUAAUACUCAACAGUUAUUCCGACUCAUCGCUUAUAAAGAAGGUGAAAAUAUAGAAUAUUAAUUGGGAUCACAAAGUUGGGCCGGUGGAAGAGGCCACUUCGAUGGGGUUAUUUUGUUAUUGCUUAUUUGCAUUGGCAAAGUAAGUCCAUCGAUGAAAUCAUAGAUAAAUUACUACGGAUCUUAGAUCGAAUUUAUCUAUUGAUUGCGACUUUGUGGUCCCCCUUAUAGGGGGAUUUUUCCCCCUAUAGGGUAUUACCCAUGCAUGUUUCUGUGACAUAUUAAGCCUACAUUACAGUAAUAACCAUAAAUUAUAAUAUUAUAAUUCUAGAACAAUUAAGCUGCCAUUACACAAUGCAGAUGUGAGUUGUUUAUCAUAAGAUAUGAACACCUGCAAAAAGUAGUGCGCAAUUAUGACUAAUAAAUUAAUUCUUUUGUAGUUUCAACGGAAGGAAAGUACGUGAAAACUGGGACUGAAGUUGAAUCAAGGAAUUGUUUUCAAGUGAGUUUCAACAUGAAGUCGUGAAGGGAAUGACAUCAAAAAUGUAAAAUAGUGGAAACUGUUGUUCAUCACAUCCGGUAUGGAUUGCAACGAAAACAGAUUUGAGUUUCUUCAAUAAGACUGACAAGAAAGAAAAUGAAGAUGAUCAGGAUUGAUGAGUGAUUCAGGUGAAGAAUUCGAAGAUGUAGGAAAAUUCAAUAGCGGAAACUGGUGAGAAGAAAAUGCAGAUGAUAAUCAGAAGGGUGAUCACCAGGAAGGUGAAGAUGUAGAAAGAGUCCAUAGCGGUUAGUUGAAAGUUUGCUUAAACUGUAAGUUGGAUAAUAUAGACUGAAUCAAGUUGGAUGAAUGGAUUGAAGAUAGGCUACAAUGAAAUUUAAUGUCCACCCUCUGGCAUCAUCUGGAACAAUUAAGCUGCCAUUACACAAUGCAGAUUUUCAACGGAAGGAAAGUACGUGAAAACUGGGACUGAAGUUGAAUCAAGGAAUUGUUUUCAAUUUCAACAUGAAGUCGUGAAGGGAAUGACAUCAAAAAUGUAAAAUAGUGGAAACUGUUGUUCAUCACAUCCGGUAUGGAUUGCAACGAAAACAGAAUCGAGUUUUUCUUCAAUAAGACUGACAAGAAAGAAAAUAAAGAUGAUGACGAUCAGGAUCCAUGAGUGAUUCAGGUGAAGAAUUCGAAGAUGUAGGAAAAGUCAAUAGCGGAAACUGGUGAGAAGAAAAUGCAGAUGAUAAUCAGAAGGGUGACCACCAGGAAGGUGAAGAUGUAGAAAGAGUCCAUAGCGGUUUAGUUGAAAGUUUGCGUAAACUCUGAUGACUGGCAAAAGAAAAUGAAGAUGAUGACAAUCAGUAGGGUAGGAAAUACUUGAAUGGGUGAAGAAUUUGAAAAUUUGUUAUGAAUGGGUUCAUGACUACCAGGAAGGUGUCAAUAGCCGUGAGUUAAAGAAGUUUGAAGUUUGCAUGAGAGCGAAUGGUAAUUAUUGAAGUGAAGAACGAUUUCAUUCUUUUUUCCAGUAAGUUUGUACAUGUGGAGUUUCUGGACUGAAUCAAAUUAAAUGAAUGGAUUGAGGAUCGGCCCAAAUGAAAUGUCCACCUUUUGCAUAUGGCAAUAUGGGUGUGAGAGGCAUAAGAACACCGGGAUGGUAUAGGAUCAAAUACUAUCAUGGUGGACCCAAAUCGUCAUCGUCACAGUGUGACACAGCUGGAGGAAUGUCGUCCAAGAUUUAGAUGGGGUGCAACAAACGAAAAAUCAUUUUUGGAUAUCUUAGACGCCGACCUACAACGAUUACCCGCAACAUCGCUCACCUUGGCACCAGUAAACUCAAACAUUUACGCGAGAAGACACUCAACACAUGCUUGUCCAGUGACGGAGGAUAGAAAUGUGGUCCCGCCAAUCAUUCCGCCAUCAGUUCCAAAAAGAGCCCCAGCUGUACCAAAAAGGAGGCAUAAAACAACAACAAAUAACACUUCAGAAACUAUACCAGUAAAAAAACCCCCAGGCCAACCUCCACCGAUUCCGCCAUCAUCGAAAAACCGCGUCCUUCCACCAAUACCUAGCUUAGACAGUAAACCAAAACCUCCGGCAAGGAACCAAGUAAAUGCGGACUCGGUAAAUGUUACAGGCCUCAAAAAAUCGAACGAAAUAAAUCGGAAUCCUUCUCCUAAAAACACGCAGGGUACGCGAAGUAACUUCGACUACGGUAUAAUAUCGCAAAAGAACCAGACAGUGCAUUCCCAUACCGUCACUAAGCAGAUCAAAAGUAGUAACGGGUCGGCAAUGCAAAAUGGCAGCGCUAAGGUUUCUGUCAGACAAGAUUCAGGUAUAUCUAGUGAUAGCUUCAGUCAAACAUCUUCGCCAAGUUAUACAACUAAAACCAUGGAGACACCUCUAUUACCUCCUAAGACACCUAUAAAAAAUCAGAAUGGCCUUCUGGCUAAAGCUCUAGCUGCACAAGAGGAACUAAACGCUAACAAUACUAUCAUCAAGAGUGCUUCUACACCUGCUAGCUUGCAGACCAUUGUGAAGUUUCAUAAUGGUUCGAAUAUGUCUCUUCAUCAUAGGAUAAUAAGGGAUAUAAGAAGACCCUCGAGUCACUAUUCUCAACGAAUUAAGUUGAGGUUCAGAUUUGCUCAAAUUAUACUUAAUGCAGUGGCGUUAUUCGCCAUUGCUGCAGGAAUGGCAGCCUAUUUCAAGGCAUUUCCGGCAGAAAUACACAUAGUCAAUGCAACAGUGAAUAUAACGACGAGUCCUGUGAUAGAGAGGAUAACGCAGAACAACCCAGCGCCGGGUAUCUGCUUGCCAGUUAUCGUCAAUUUUUGCCAGCAUCACAAAAUACCGUACAACUACACGGUGUUCCCUAAUUAUAUGGGUCAAUUUGGACAGAGGGACGCUCAACAGGAACUCGAAGUAUACGACGCUGUGGUGAACGUUCGGUGUUACGAAUUGGCCGCCUUGUUCCUUUGCUCGCUGUUCGUGCCGAAAUGCGGCCCAGGUGGCGCCCUAGUGCGGCCAUGCCGAAAUCUUUGCUACGAGACUAAAAAAAGAUGUGGUUUUUUUCUUGACGUAUUCGGCCUAACAUUGCCCGAUUAUUUGGAAUGUAGGCUUUUUCCAGAAACGCCAGAUCCGAAUAUUUGCGUUGGUUAUGAGGAAGUGAAAGAAGCUAAACGGAGAGCUCAAACACCAGUUUGUCCAACUGGAUUCCAAUGUGAUAUAUCUAGAUGUUUACCCAAGGAUUGGCAGUGCGACGGUCACGUUGACUGUAAGGAUCAAUCAGAUGAGCUGAACUGCAAGAAGUGUGGCUUGGGUAUGAUACACUGUGGUGCUAAUAGAUGCAUCACUCAAGAGCAUAUGUGUGACGGUAGGGUAGACUGUCCCUAUGGUCAAGACGAAAGGAAUUGUCUGAGGCUGAGCGAAAGAAAUGGAGAUGAAGGUAGGGGUCAAUUAGAGGUUUUCAGACCCGAUAUGGAGAAGUGGGUGCCAGCUUGUAUACAGCAUUGGGAUCAGAACACUUCUCCGAAAUAUAUAUGCUCCCUCCUCGGAUAUUCAACCGUUUCCAGAACUCAAUUGAUACGCGGCACCGAUCUUCAAAAUUCACCAAGGCUAUACGAUAGCGCGUGGCAAUUUCACAAGAUGAAAAGGUCCAAGAAUCUCAUACGUCAAUUUGGGUCGUGCAAUGGAACAAACUAUCCAACGGUUGAGAUGUCUUGUACAAAAUACAUUUGUGGAAAGGCCAGAAAAAGUUAUGCCGAAAAACGUCGAACAACGAGAAUUAUCGGCGGUACAAGAUCGAAACCAGGAGAUUGGCCGUUUUUGGCAGCUCUAUUAGGAGGACCCGAGGAAAUUUUUUAUUGUGCCGGUGUCCUGAUAGCAGACCAGUGGGUACUAACAGCUUCUCACUGCGUCGGAAAUCAUUCCGAUGUAAGUGGCUGGACAAUUCAACUAGGUAUAACAAGAAGACAUUCUCAUGCUUUCUACGGCCAGAAAAUGAAAGUCAAGCGAGUCGUUCCGCAUCCAAUGUAUAAUCUGGGAAUUGCACACGAUAAUGACGUUGCCCUAUUUCAGUUAUCAUCCAGAGUAACUUUCCAUGAACAUCUUUUGCCAGUUUGUCUGCCAGAAGCUGAAAGACAACUAGAACCUGGAACGUUGUGCACGGUUAUUGGCUGGGGCAAAAAAGAAGAUAAUGGAAUGUCAGAAUACGAACCUGAAAUCAAUCAGGUUGAAGUUCCAGUGUUAAAUAGGGACCUCUGCAACCUCUGGCUAGAACACAGAGACCUGAACGUGACAGAUGGUAUGAUUUGUGCCGGCUAUAAGGAAGGUGGGAAGGAUGCAUGUCAGGGCGACUCUGGUGGACCUCUUUUGUGUAGAGAGAAAAACGACCCUGAGAGAUGGUUUGUUGGUGGAAUUGUCAGUUGGGGUAUAAAAUGCGCCCAUCCCCACCUCCCUGGCGUAUACGCUUACGUUCCGAAGUUCAUUCCAUGGAUCAAAGAACAAAUGAAACUUUAUUCCGAAUAAAAAAAAAUUGAAGAUGGGAAUAUUUCAACUCAACACUAUUGAAAGAAUUGAUAAUGAACUAUCAAAAUCUCGGACGGAAUGAUUAGAUUAGAUGAUGCGUAGAAGUUGGCAUCUCAUGUAAUGAUAAUUUUUUUCUGGAGACAAGAGAUUUUAUGAAGCUUUGCUGAAAUGAUCUAAUAAAUUAUUUCCCCCAAAAAAUUAGGUAAAAUUUAACUGGCAAAGAUCAAUUAACACAAUAAACAAUGACAAUAAUUCGAAUUAAACUGAAUAAAAUACAACGCGAGAAGACUGUCGAUGACAAUUUUGAAUGAGUUCUCCAGCGAUAGGAGAAUUCAUUUUUAUUAUGUAAUUUUAUCGAAAUGUGCAUAUUCACAAAACGAAAUUGAAAAAGAAAAUUUUCAACUGAAUAAUUUUAGACCGACUUGAUUGGUAUAAAUAGAUGCAAAAUUUGGUGAAGUUUAUGUUAAUUUAUUGGAAUCUCAAAACGAAAAUGUAUUAAGCAUAUCGAUAUCUGAAACUGUGUUAUCACAUAUCCAGGAUGAAUGUGCGAAUAAACAUCGGUAGAAAUAUAGAAAAAUGUGAACACUUUUUUUUCUCGAGAAGUACUAAAUUGUUACGACCAGGUAAUCAAUCACAAUUCGAAGACAAUCAGGAGUUUUAGAUGACAAUGUCUUAUAUUGUUCCAGGAACAAUACACAGAUUCAAUCUGUAUACUGUAUACAGCGUGUCACGCACGCAUUUCUUAUGAAAUUUCAUAUAAAUGAAUAUUACAUAGAUGAAUAACUACUCUCCACGGAAAAAAUGACGUAUGUCCAAUGCCUCAUAUCGAAUCGAUACUCAGAUAUUGCUGAAAUCCGAUGGUCGCAUGAGGGAGUAAAGAUGACAUUUUUAUCGUCAAUUAGAAGAUGGUAUGUAGCGAUGAUCUAUAGCAGAAUAAGAGAAGUUAUAUCCUUGCUAUAAGAAGCACGAGCGUUAUAGCCACACAAUAAAACUACCGUGAAAUUUGGGAGACAGCAAAUCUCAUAAAAUUUCUAUUACUCAUCGAAUAUCAUCUGCCUUCGAUCAACAUCAACGAAUUUGAUGAUGUUCUGGAACGGUCGAACUAUACUCAUUGUGAUUUCUCAGAUAGGAAGAUUACAAAAUUUGGACGAAGAUCUUGCCUUUUUGAAGGUUGGAAAUUGAAACUUGAAAUUCGGAAUAUUAAGUAACUUCUCCAGAAAAAAAAGUUCAUUUCGGUGUUAAAUUAUUGGAGCAUGAAAUAUUUAUGUGAGUCUUGUUUAAGUCGAAAAAUUAUCAUGAUAUUUGAGACUUGGUCCCGAUAUUUUAGUCUGGACCUAUAAAAUAUCAUUCGAAUGUUAGGAAUUAUAGUAUUUCUGAUGGUUUUUUCAUGUCGUAAUAUUUGAAGAAAGGAAACCUACGUGAACUUUCAAUAUUUAGCUUAAAAGUUUGAAAUAUUUUUUCGAAUGAUCUCUGUAUUGGAUGAAAAUUAUCCCAAAAAAUUUCGCCAAUAUUUAUGAUUGAAAUUACAAGUAAAUGACAAUAAUAAGGUACGCUUCUAUUUCAAAAAUGAAAAUUACUAAUGUUCGAAUAUAUUUUGAAUAUACGAAUUAUCGAAGGCAGAAUUUUUCUAAAUGUUUUCUGUACUUAGAGUUAGAUUUCGACAUUUCCUCUGUGCAGUUAUCUGAUAACAUUCAGUCACGCACAAUUAUUUCUAGCAUAAUACUCAUAGUGAUAUCCUGACAAUUCAUCUAGUGUUCUGAUGGACCGCUAUCAAUGUGAUCUGUUUAUACAGCAGUGCAACAGUGUGAUUAUCCGAACCAUUUUCCCGACUAACACUAAACGAUUUAAGAGAGUUGUCUUUCUUUCUCAUAACAUUGUAUGUACAUAGCUCGUCAAAAACACCAAUUCCAAAAGUUGCCACAAAUUUUUUUGGCAAAUGUAUUAAUGUGUUCAUGAGUUCGAUGAUCUACUACUCAGGUGUCUUUGCAACUCCGGUUUAGUGUGAACAGUGAGAGUAAUUUUACAGCUCCAUUGAAUUAAGAAACCGCUCUAUCAAUUAAUCGGGAAAAGAAUAUCGGGAAAUCAUACGUACAGAAAAAUCCGAAUUUCCUUUCCACUCCCAGAGAAGUCCUCUAUAUCAUUAUCUAGAUGGCGUUCUAUAUGUAAUUCAGAUUUUUCUGUGAGGCUUAAUAUGACUAUAUUUUUUACCCCUAGAAAAGAAAGGAAUACCAUAGUUUUCUAUAGAUUUAUAAGAAAUGUUAUUUAGUGUAUAUUAUGACAUAUACCAGUCGUGAUUGAAAUGAAUAUUAUUUUGCUCUCGACGAAAAUUAAGUUGAGAAUAUUGCAACUUGUCGGCAAUCAUGAUAUUGCAUGUUCAAUGUACGUGCAAUUUUAUGUUAUAGGUAAGAAUUGUUCAGAAGGAAUCAGGAGUCAUUGAUUUCUUUUUCUAUCACCGAAGAGAAUUUAAAUUACCGACCGAUUUCUACCAGAAUAUUUUUGUCUGUUUGUUGAUGAAAGGUAUCUGUUGAACAAAAAAAAAACACCAAAUGCAGUCAAUCUGAAUCUAGGGCUAUGAUUGAAAUUUUCAGGCUAAUUCCGAUUGAUUCCUUCUGAAAAACAGAACAACACGUUCCAUAUAAUGAAGAAUUGAAGCUCACAUGAAAAUAUGAGAUCACGGAUUAGUGUAAUUAAGCACAAUACUACGACCUCACAAUGAAUGCCACAAUUUAAAUUCUUUACAUGAAUAACGAAAGAUUUUUUCGUUUUCGUCUGUGCAAAAGUGAUAUUUCUAAAGUAAAUUGACAAUAAGGCGACAAUAAUUUAUAUUUGAUUAAAUAAGUAUGAUAAGAUAUCUAUUUCAUGUGAGCACACGUUUUUAGAUUGUUGCAUAGGCAAUUACAUUUUGAAUAUCGGCUAGUCGAUAUUGUUCAUUUCUUGUCUCGGAAUUGUCGUUUAGACUUUCCGGAGUUCAAAUACGAGAAAUUUCCUCUUAAUUGUCAAUAUUAUAUUAGAUACCUAGAGGUUAUAAUAGAACACCUAAAUAAAGAGAAACUUUUUGUAACUUGAGAGAUAUUUAGAUAUCCUAAAUAAUAAGUACAUAUACCUAUUUCUUCAUGAAACUGAAAAAAAUUGAUGAAUAUAUUUUCGUGGAAUUCUUUAAAUCUCAGCGAUUUUGCAGAUGAGGGAGGUAUUUAGAUGACAUAAUUAAUGUUUAACUGGAUUAUAUCGUAAAGAUAUUUUAGUGAAAUGUGUUCUGUUGAUAUCGGAUUUGUUUUAGAAUAGAGCUGUUUAAUUGUUACGAUGUGUUAACAAUUUAGCUUUCUGCUCUUUUAGACAUGUGAUGGUAAUGGGACAAUAAAACUUAUAAUUAGAUUCAAUGUCCAAAAAGCAUCUAUGUGCUUCCAUAUACUGCUGCUAUGUGAGAACCUCUGUUUUGAGAGUUAUAGCGAAUAAAAAGUGUAAACUGAA